ACAAAUACACGUCCUGUUUUACAAUGACUACGCGAGUUUUAUAUCAAUAUAAGUUUAUGUUAUAAAUCAUUGAAGUCGAGUAAUGGUACAACCGAAAACAGAUUCCCCCCUAGUUAAGUCAGAUAAUGGUACGGACUGUCAACGUCCUGCGCGGGAGAGAAGAACGUGUUUCCGUUUACUGUGCGGAAAAGAAGCCCUGCGUGUUUUUCUGCAAAAUAUAUUCUUCCUGUGUCAAUAAUUCGCCGCAGCAAGUGCAAAUUAAGCUUGUGAACGUUUUUAUACCAUGACCCGAGACUGGAAACCUGGUGAUCUUAUUUUCGCCAAAAUGAAGGGGUAUCCUCACUGGCCUGCAAGGAUUGAUGAAGUCCCAGAUGGUGCUGUGAAGCCAUCCAACAUCAAGUUUCCCAUCUUCUUCUUUGGCACCCAUGAAACAGCCUUUCUUGGUCCAAAAGAUAUUUUUCCAUACCAGCCCAACAAAGACAAAUAUGCUAAGCCCAACAAAAGAAAAGGCUUUAAUGAGGGAUUAUGGGAGAUUGAGAACAACCCAAAAGUUGAGCUCACUGCCCCCAAGCCGGUUCCUCCAGCAUCCUUUAUGGACAAGGAUAUUGACAGCAGCCCAGAAGACGAGGAGGAGAUGGAGAACAAGGAGUCCAAGUCCAAAGUUCCAGGAAGUGAGGCUGAGCAGGAAAAUGAGGAGGAAGAGAAGGAGGAGCAGGAGGAGAAAGGGUCUCUGAUCACUGAGCAGGGUCCUCAGAACAAGGAUGAUACAGCUCAGAGUGAGUCCGCAGAUGUUCCUAAACCCAAGAGAGGACGGAAGAAGAAGGGUGAAGUUGACCAAGAGACAGAAAAAGAUGAUGCUCCAGCAAGUCCUGUUAGUCUUUCAGGUGGAGACGGUCCGAAACGAAGAGGCAGAAAGCCCAGAAGUGAAAAGUUGUUGCAAGACCAACAAGGCUCCGGAAGUGAAAUGGACACCGCUGAGUCUGAGAGGAAAAGAAAGAGGGCGCCAGAGGACAAGUCUAAGAGUGCAGAGGAGGAGAAACGGAAGAAGAGAGAGGACAGUAAAGGAAAAGAUGACUUGAAGGAGCCAGAAGCCAAAAGGAAGAAGCAGUCCAAGGAUGAUGUCUCCUCUGCUUCAGACGAUGAAGAGAAAAACAAAGGCAGAAAAAGACAGCAAAGUUCUGAAACGGACAAGGAUGUGCGUCGACGGAAAGCUGAUGACCCCAAAGAUGCGAGCAAAGACGACGGGAAGAAAAAUGAAGAGAAAACAGGAGCUAAGAAAAAAGAAAUGUCCGUGGACCUAAAACUUCAAAGACUGCACAAUGAAAUCAGGAUUUCCCUGAAAAUAGACAACCCUGAUGUGAAGAAGUGUCUGGAAGCAUUAGAUGAGAUCAGUGGCCUCCAGGUGACAACACAGCAUCUGCAGAAACACGGUGAACUCAUUGCCACUCUCAAAAAGAUCCGCAGGUUCAAGGCCAGUCAGGAUAUCAUGGAUAAGGCCACUAUGUUGUACAACAAGUUUAAGAGCAUGUUUCUGGUCGGUGAAGGAGACAGUGUGCUCAGCCAGGUGCUCAACAAGUCUUUAGCAGAACAGAAACAGCACGAAGAGGCAAAGAAAGGAGCCAUGAAGAAGACUGAACAAGCCAAGGAAAACAACUCAGACAAGCUGACAAAUGGGGACACGGGUUCUGAACAGAAGAAGCAGGAGACUGAAAAGCUACCAGAAGAUGUCUCAGAAAAAAAUUACAGCACUCCAAACGCUCAGGAAGAAACCACCUGAGUGUCCACCACAUUGGCUGGCGGUCUUUUGUCCACACUGGGAUCACUGACCCGGUUCCUCUGUCCUGUUCUUCUUCAACACUGGUUUCCAGUUGACUGACAGUUUGUUUUGCUGCUCAAAGACUUGUCCAACACAUCAAACAUCUCUAACCAUGAAAAUAAUGACUAAGUUGGUUUAUUUUUUUAAUAUGUGUACUCCUUUUUCUUUCCUAUCUGCAUAGUCGCUUAAGGUAUAACUGGCAAAAGCUCAAGAAGUUGUUAUUCUGGAACAGUGUCAACUUAGCUCUUACUAAAAUUAUUACAUCUGGCAGCAUUCCUUUUGUGGGAGAGAUGUUUUGUUGAUUGGUACAAGUUUGAAUUUGUCUUUGGCAAUUAAUAAUGUCACACCACUGAAUUAUUUAUAGAUGUGCUUCACCCACAGAUUCCUCCAUAACAAACUGUUGGUGUGUGACAAUUUCUGCUACUUGCUGCCUUCAGAAGUGGACAAAGAAAAUUCCGCAGCUUGCGAAUGGUUGUUUGCCGCAUUCAAGUGUCUACUCAACCGUGGUAUUUUAACACGUGGUUGUAAAUAAGAGUAUUUUUGUGCUUGUUUUAUGACCUGUCUCAGCAUCUCAUAUUAAAGUAGUCUAUAGACAACA